AUGAAAUCAAAAAUUGCUGAAAUAGAGAAAGAUAUCGUUACGGAAGACGCAACAGCAACGAAAUUGUCAGUCGCCUCUAAUACUCCCACUCCAGACGCGGAUCAAGAAGAAUUACCUCUUGACGAUCUAACAGGAUCAGAAAUGGACGAAGACAUAAUUCCAAAACAAAAGCUAAUCAUUAAUAACAAAACCGCACUGAAAGAACUUUAUAAAGAAAUAAAACUUGACGUUCCAUGGAUCGAGACACAAGCCGUUACUUUGGAGGAACCGACUCAAAUCAAAGACGUAAAUAAUGACAUGGAGCGCGAGCUUGCAUUUUACAAGCAAGCUCUUCAGUCAACUGCAACCGCUCGAUCUCUCUGUCAAUCCCUCUCUGUCCCAUUUUCUCGUCCUUCUGACUAUUUUGCCGAAAUGGUAAAAUCUGACGAACUCAUGUCACGCGUACGACAACGACUUCUUGAUGAAGAUGCACAAAUUAAAGCUAGCGAACAGGCCCGGAAGCAGAGAGAGUCAAAAAAGUUUGGAAAGAAAGUACAGUUUGAAAAAUUACAAGAACGGCAAAAGAAGAAGAGCGAGGAACUAGAAAAAAUAAAAACAAUGAAAAAGAAGAGGAAAGGAAUAGAAGAUACGGCAAUAGAUGAUGAUUUUGAAAUUGCGUUGGAGGAAGCCGCGAGAGAAGACCGGCCAGUGAAGAGACAGAAAAUUGGAAAAAGUACAAAACGAAGCAGAAAGGAUGCCAAGUUCGGUUUUGGUGGAAAGAAGAAAUACGCAAAAUCUAACACAGCACAGUCAACAGCCGAUAUAUCAGACUUUAAUCCCCGGGCUAUGAAGGGCGGCUGGGGAGUAAAGAAGAAACCCAAGAAUUAUCGACUUGGAAAGACACGAAGACAAGCCAUGAAGAGUCGGAAACGAGGUUGA